GUUGUGAACCUAGGUUCAGGAAAACCUCGGUUCUUGUUGCCCUAACAUUAAAUAUGAACAUCACUCGUAACCAGGCAAUCUGCAUGCUUUUUUGCGAAGAGUACAGCGAUGAUAAUGCAACAAGACUGGCAAAAAAGAUUGAACAACUUGGUGCUUUCGAUGUGUGCUACGAAAAUGAUCCCAGGCGACCCGUUCUACUCACACAAGCUAUAAUAAAUUCUCAGCCUAGCAUUUUUAAAAGAUACGAAACCUCAUCUAAAGAAACAUACAAUGACAAAACUACGUGAAUGACGAGAACAUCAGCU